GUUGAAUGUUUCAGGUGAGCGGGAAGGGAGGCGCUGACCGGUGGCGGCGGCGGCCAUGCGCCCCGGCCCGCCAAUCACGAGCCGUCGCAGGCCUCCCCGUCGCCAGCAGCUACCGCCGCAUCGUCUCAAUAGAUCCAAGUCUCAAGUGCAACAGAUUAAACGGCAAUUAAUCAUAAACAAUAAAGCCUUUUUUCUGUUGUUCCUGUUGGUUUCUAAUCCGAUUCUUGCCCUGGCAGAACCGCCGCCUGCCAAUGCACUUCCAGGUCUUGAUACCAACGAUCAACAACAGCAACAAAGGAAGUGCUUCUCGUCGGACGGGGGACAACGUUAUAGCUUACCGAUGUCAGAGGUCGCACCACGUAAACAACAAAAUCUAACUAUCGGUUAUCUGACGGCCGCUAAGGGUGUCAUGAAAGAUCGAAAGGGACUUGCCAUCUCGGGUGCACUCUCUAUGGCUCUAGAUGAGAUCAAUCGUGACCCGAACAUCUUGCCAAAUGUGAGACUGGUGAUGCGAUGGAGCGACACGCGAGGAGAGACAAUCGAAGCAACAAAGGCGAUGAUCGACAUGAUCUGCGACGGAGUGGCCGCUUUUUUUGGUCCAGAAGGUUCCUGUUACGUCGAGGCCACUGUCUCUCAAUCCCGCAACAUACCAAUGAUCAGCUAUAAAUGUUCCGAUGAUAAGGCGUCAGCAAUAAACACCUUUGCACGAACUGAACCACCUGAUACUCAAGUCACAAAAUCAGUAAUAGCUCUAUUACUUCAUUAUGAUUGGAACAAAUUUACCAUCAUUGCGGAAAAAGAAUGGUCAACCGUCGCUAAAUCAUUGGAGCAACAAGCCAAAAAGCAUAAUUUCACCAUCAAUCAUCAUAAACGAGUCGAGGAUGGACAUGUUUGUUGUACAGAGAAACUUGAAUGCUGUCAAGUCAGCAGGUGGUUUCAUCUUAUACAAGAAACGAAAAACAUGACUCGAAUUUAUAUUUUUUUGGGAACCGCGUUAUCAUUAUGGGACUUUAUGACAUCGAUGCAAACUCAAAGGCUCUUGGAUAACGGAGAAUAUAUGGUAAUUUAUGUCGACAUGAAUACUUUUUCGUCGAAAGAGGCGCAAAAAUACUUAUGGAGACCCGACGACCUCAAUACAUUGAAAAAUUGUCUCGAACCCAAGGACUUCCUGAAAAAGGCACGAUCUCUUCUGGUUGUUGUUUCCACCCCACCUACUCAAAAUUACGGGGAAUUCACUAAGAAAGUCCGCGAAUAUAAUGUCAAGGAACCCUUUAAUUUUAUGACUCCACUAUUGUUCCAAACUGGAUCACAAAAAUUCGAAAAGUAUGUAUCAAUUCAUGCGGCGUAUCUUUAUGAUUCUGUUAAACUUUAUGCAAGAGCGCUUGAUCAACUUUUGCGAAAUAAUCCUGAAAGUACAUUGGAGGAAAUUGCCAGCAAUGGAACUCAAAUAAUAGAAACCAUCAUUAAAAAUCAUACAUAUCAAAGCGUAAGUGGAGCUACAAUCAAAUUGGAUAAACACGGUGAUUCGGAAGGGAACUUCUCGGUUCUUGCUCUUAAAAAAGACCCUUUUCAAGUUUUUAAUUUUUCCUGUGAUUAUCAAAUGAAACCAGUCGGUCAAUUUCAUCAGGGUGAAAAUCUAGUUUAUCGGCCCUCAGAAGCAAUGGAUUGGCCAGGUAAAAAUAAACCGGAAGCUGAACCAGGUUGCGGUUUUCGAAAUGAACAUUGUCCUCAAGAUGAUAUGCAUCUUCGUAGCAUAAUAGCUGCUGGCGUUUUAGCGGCUUUAUUAUUUUGUGCCACUGUAGUCACAAUAAGUAUAUAUCGUCGUUGGAAAAUCGAACAGGAAAUUGAGGGAUUACUUUGGAAAAUUGAUCCAAAUGAAAUACACGGUUAUCCCCAUCUGGACAAUUUGAUGUCGUCACCUAGUAAAUUAAGUUUAGUUAGUGCUAUGUCUUAUGAGUCAAGAUGUGGAAAUCAGGUAUUUGCACAAACUGGUCACUAUCAUGGAGUGGUAGUUAGAAUAAAGGAAUUGAAAUUUUCCAAGAAAAAAGACAUUUCACGAGACGUUAUGAAAGAGAUGCGCGUUCUUCGUGAAAUAAGACACGGUAAUCUCAAUUCUUUUAUUGGAGCGUGCGUCGAGCCCAUGAGGAUAUUAUUAAUUACCGAUUAUUGUGCCAAAGGAAGUCUUUACGAUAUCAUUGAAAAUGAAGAUAUAAAAUUAGACGAUAUGUUCAUUGCAUCAUUAGUUCAUGAUCUCAUUAAGGGUAUGUUGUACAUUCACGAGUCAUCCGUACUAGUCUGCCAUGGUAAUCUCAAGUCUUCCAAUUGCGUUGUGACUUCACGCUGGGUUCUUCAAGUUUCUGAUUUUGGUCUUCACGAUAUGCGCCACUGUGCCGAGUCCGAUAGCAUCGGUGAACAUCAGUAUUAUCGAAACUUGUUUUGGAAGGCGCCGGAGUUACUAAGGAGUCUUAAUGCUCCAAUCAGAGGGACCCAAGAAGGGGACAUAUACUCGUUUGCGAUUAUACUUUAUGAAAUGAUCGGUAGGAAAGGACCUUACGGUGGAGUAAAUUUAGAGCCCAAAGAAAUCAUAGACCGAGUGAAAAGGUUCCCGGACGAUGGUGAACCGCCGUUUAGACCUAAUGUUGACAUUCUCUCGGAAUCGGAGGCCGAUUGUGCCGAAUAUAUUGUUAGUACAAUUACCGAUUGUUGGACAGAAUGUCCCGAACUUCGACCUGACUUUAAAAUAAUUAGAACCAGACUGAAGAAAAUGAAAGCCGGUAGGCAUCGCAAUAUUAUGGAUCAAAUGAUGGAUAUGAUGGAAAAAUAUGCCAACAAUCUCGAGGAUCUAGUCAGUGAGCGAACGCGCCUUCUCUUCGAGGAAAAACAAAAAACGGAGGAUCUCCUUCAUCGAAUGUUACCUGAACCAGUAGCUAAUUGUCUAACAAAUGGAAUUGGAGUUGAGCCAGAAGCUUUCGAUUUGGUUACUAUAUAUUUCAGUGACAUUGUUGGUUUUACAUCGAUGUCCGCCGAAAGUACACCCUUUCAGGUGGUUAAUUUUCUCAACGAUUUAUAUACGUUAUUCGAUCGCAUCAUCAAAGGAUACGACGUUUACAAAGUCGAAACAAUUGGUGAUGCAUACAUGGUGGUUUCUGGUCUGCCGAUAAAAAAUGGAAACAGACAUGCAGGAGAGAUAGCGUCAAUGUCUUUGGAAUUACUGAAUGCAGUUAAACAUCACACUAUAAUUCAUCGUCCUCAAGAUACUUUAAAGCUUAGAAUUGGAAUUCAUACAGGACCGGUAGUCGCCGGUGUUGUGGGAUUAACAAUGCCGAGGUAUUGUCUUUUUGGCGAUACUGUUAACACUGCCUCAAGAAUGGAAUCAAAUGGAGAACCAUUAAGAAUUCACAUAAGUGCCCAGUGCAAAGAGGCGCUCGACAUUGUCGGCGGUUACACCAUCGAGGAACGUGGUUUAGUACAAAUGAAAGGAAAGGGAGAAGUUAAGACUUACUGGCUCACUGGAGCCACCGAAAAAGCUAUUCAAAAACGAGAGGUUGACGUUGGCGAUUUACCGCCACUAUUUUGUCGUCCAAGACGUAGUCCUAAAUUGAAUCCAGACUCGAGGCAAGCAUCGCUACUCGGUGGAUUAGGUGCCGGAAGUCGAAGACAAUCAAGUGUUCCAAGGCCAACGCCCGACGACACAACAUCCCAAUGCGGUGGUUCAAGUCCUUUGCCACGUCAUCUUCUUGUUCGUAAACUCGAUCGUUCACCUCUUUUCAUCACUGAGAAUUCAUCAUCGAAAACAACCCUCGACAAUGUGACAAUACGCGAGGAAGCCGAGAAUCGUGCGGCAAACAUUAAAUUAGCCCUUGACGAUUUAUUUUUAAAUACACGACCAAGUGUGAGAAAAAAUCCACGUGUCCUCUCAACAAUUGCCUCAUCAUCAUCAACAAGCGAUUAUCCAUCAUUUGUGAGAGAAUCACGAUCGCUCGAUCCAUUUCCAAUUGAUUAUAAUAAAAGAAAUCAUGACGAAGACGACAACGACGAUUCAUCAUUGUCGCCACAUUGGAGAGACACAACAAAAAAGAGUUUCCGAUCAAUGGAAAAUUGUGACAAGUGCAUAAGAACAAAUUCGAAAACACAAUUAACGGACAAAGUGUUAAAUAAUAAUUAUCCAAACGGCAAUGUGAUAAUAGUGCCUCGUGCCGAGAAUUCAACGAACGAAGCUGAAAUUCCACUUUUAAAGAAUAGCGACGAUAAUAACGGCGGCGGCGACAAUAACGGUUGUGUCGGUGAAGUUGUCCAAGUCAAACGAUGGCGAUCACUCGAUCAAAUUGUCUCAACGCCAAAUGCCGCCGAUAAAAAAUCAUCGGCGAGAAAUUCAAUCAAAAGUUGGUUAGUCAAUUUAUUCAAUGGCAAUGGAUUAAGAAACAGUGAUGUUUCACUGAGACGUGGCGUUAUUGCCGGUUAUGAUAUACAAUCCGAGAGAGAGAGCAUCGUUUGACGUCUCAUCUUUUCAAAAAAAAAAAAAAAAUGAAAGAUCAGAGACGCGGCAACUCCACAAAAAAAAGAAAUUUCUAGAAAAAAAAGUACAAUUUAUAAAUAAGUGUUUACAAAAAUUUACAUUUUUUUUUCAAAUAGAAACAAAUUAUAAUUUUUCGAUUUUUUUUUACUACGUGCCAAUUGUUAAAAAGAAAAUAUUUUUUUACAAGUUUUACAAAGUGUGAAAAUUUUUUUUUUUGUAAAAAAUUGAAAAAAAAUAAUUUUUCGCGAUCUCUGAUCCAUUUUCUGUAUAUUGUAAAUUUAAGAUGUUAGAAAAGAUUUUUUUUCAGAAAUCAGUUCAUGUUUGCCAUGUUUUAGAGCCAUUUUUUUUAUAAGCCUCCGUGCAAUUUGUUUUUUUUUUUUUUUUUUGUAUAUUGAAGAGUUACCGAUAUUUAAAAGAAAGAAAAGAUAUAUUAUAAUUAUUUUAUGAACUUACGAGCAUCUUUUUUUUGAUUGUUAGGAAAAAAAAAUUAAAAACAAAAAAUAAUGAGAGCGAGAGACAUUUUUACACAAUGCCCGACUGUCGUAACGUCAAACUCAAGAUUUUUUUUUUUUUUUUUAUAUUGUCGUGCGACUUUUCUGUCUGUUUUCUUUAUAUUAUAUUAUACAUAUAUAAAUAUAUAAAUAUAUAUUUUUUUUGUACACAUUAGGAAGAAAAUAAUUAUAAUAAAAAAAUGAAAAAAAAAACCGAGAGAAAUGUUUCUAACCAAAGUGUUUGACGAAAGCGAAAAGAGAAUCGGAUGAUUUCUUUGGAACUCGUUGGAAUAUUAGGAUUUGUUCGUGAAAGAAAGAAAGAAAGAAAGAGAGAGAAUAUGAGAGAAUAUGAGAGAGAAAAAGAGGUCGACUCAAUUUGUAUAGUUUACAUUAUAUGUACAUAAAAUAGUGCGCAUGAAAAAUAUUAUUCAUCCACGCGUCGCGUAACGCUUUUUUUCACAAGAUAUAAUGCGAAAUCGCGCGAAUUUAUACAUCAAUAUAAUAAAAUGUAUUUAUAUAUUUGUUCACUGAAGGAAAGCAAAAUAUCUGUAUGGCUGUGAAAAGUGAACUAGAUGGUACCUAAGGUGCUUAGUAAUAUAUCACGUUGUCAAAUGUAUAUAACUGAAUAAUAAUAUAUCGAUGUAAAAAAAAUACUAUGUAAAUUAAAAAUGAUUACCUUCUAUAAUGGUUAAUUAAAAUGUACCUUUUCAAAUAAAUCCAUUUUGCAUCGUU